CUCGUGCUGUGCUGCAAAGCGAACGCGGAUCCCCCCCCCAUUCAACCUUUUCUUUCCCAUCCUUCAUCGCGUAGAAUGGCCGAACCUGCCACAGACCCUGUCAUUGACACUCCCGUUCCUACUUCCGAAGCUACUGGUAGCGAAGAAGUUAAGUUCAAGCAAGUCUUUGUUGGAAACUUGCCUUUUAAGACGACUGAAGAGGAUUUGAUCCAGUUCUUUCAAGUUGCUGGAAAAGUAGAAAAAGCUAGUAUUGUAACGCGCGGUCGUCGAUCUCUUGGAUAUGGUUUUGUUUCCUUCGAAACUCCAGAGGAGGCUGAAAAGGCAGCCCAGGAUUUGGACAAGAAAGAGUUCGGUGCUCGUCAGGUCAACGUAGAGAUUGCAAAGCCCCAAUCAAACUCUGUCAACGGUACACCUAAACCUCGUUCCCAAGCCCCGCCAAAGCGUCGUCAACGUCGUGACAACAAGGAGGCUAGCACCUCAGAUGCUGAGCAGAGAGCAGACGAUGGUUCUGCGGAGGGCAUUGAAACAGCUGAGAAUGGAACAGCCGCUGAGAGGGCCACCAAGCCUAAGAAUAGUAAGAAGAGAGUUCCUCGCAAGACCACAAAGGCUCCGGCUAGAAUUGAUGGCGCUACUACCAACCGAGGAGAGCCUUCCAAGACCACUCUCUUUGUUGGCAACCUACCCUUUUCAACUGAUGAUGAAGGUCUAAAGGACAUUCUCCAGAACUACCGGGUCAAGAGCGCUCACGUGGUCAAGCGCAAAACUGGUCGCUCCAAGGGGUAUGGAUUCGUUGAAAUGGAGGACGAAGCUGAGCAACAAAAGGUUUUGGAUGAGAUGAAGACGGUAACAGUUGAUGGUCGUGAAGUUUCUAUUAAAGUAUCGGUCUCAGUGCCUCAUUCUGAGGAAUACUCAACCGAAGAUGCAACAGCAGAAGCAACCACUGAUGCUGAAUAAUAUCAACACCUUUGCAAAAAAAUUACACCAUUUCGCUCGCUUCCCGUUUUCCUGACCAAUAAAAAAAAUCCCUUCUAUCAAAGCGUCUCAUUGACUUUGCAAUGAUGCAAACGCGAUGUGCUAUCUCCGAAAUUUUUUGGUUUCAUGGCAAUAUUGUCGUCACCAUGACAUGUUAGGCUCAUUUCAUUUUUGACAUAUAUAAAGGCACUUUUCUAC